AUGAAAAUAGUAAAGGAAAACGCAGGUGCGCUUACAAAUUUCGAAGUGCUUGACUUGCUUAACUCAAGAGGUGCAUCAAAGGAUACUACGAGAGUUAUAGCUCCAGUUACUAGAUCAGAAUACAAGGUGUAUGAUUAUCUGAUGGAGACUGCUGCUUGCACUCAAACACGAGAGAGAGUUGCCAAAUUCGCCGAGAAGUGCAAAGAUUUCAAAGUCGCGAAAGCUGAGAUUCUCAAUAUCAUCAAUAUCAGGCCAUCCUCUAUUGUCGAAUUGAUGCCGAUCAUAGAGAAACCUGAUGAUCGUGAUCUCGACUCGGAUGGGAUACUAGAGCUCGUGCAGGAUUUGCUACCGCCUCCUCCUAAAAUAGAAACUCCUAAAGAUGCCGAAGAAGAUGAAACCGAGACCAACGAUGAAGAAGCGUAA